GGAGUCGUCAGUUUGGUAUUGUACACGCCAGCUCAGACGUCACAGGAUGCUGGUGAGCUAGCUUAGUCGGGCUCAGAAUACUCGCAUCUUUUGAGUAACCUCUAACCAAAAAAUAAAUAAUGUCAGUUUGGGCUGGUGAGGGCACAGUAACAUGGCCGCCUGCCCAGUCUUAGCGGCGACACCUGCAGCGCCUCGCCGCGCACUCCACCUCCGUGACUCUGUGGCGGGACAACAACACAGAGUCAACAUGGCGGCGGUAGGGAUCAGCCGCCUCGCCCUGCGCCCGGCCCGCCUCGGCCUCCUGCCUCGCACCCGGCAGGCCGCAGCAGGGCACCGCGUCGCCUUCACCAGGGCCCUGUGCUCUUCCUUGGGAGAGGAACAACCCAACUUCCCGGGUUCUCGCUCAACAUGGACAGAAAAACUUGACUUUGUGCAGCCUGACCUGUAUGAUGGCAUCCCUGUGUACAGGGUCAUGGACAGGAAAGGUCAGAUCAUUGACCCAGCCUCUGACCCCAAUCUGAGUGAAGAGAAAGUGGUCAAGAUGUACCAGCGCAUGACCCUCCUCAACACAAUGGACCGCAUCAUGUACGAGUCGCAGCGCCAGGGGCGCAUCUCCUUCUAUAUGACCAACUAUGGCGAGGAGGGCACACACAUAGGCUCAGCUGCUGCACUUGAUGACCAGGACAUUGUGUUUGGACAGUACCGGGAAGCAGGAGUGUUGAUGUGGCGAGGCUUUCCGUUGGACCGCUUCAUGAACCAGUGUUACGGCAAUGAGGCAGACAAAGGCAAGGGUCGGCAGAUGCCAGUACAUUACGGGUCCAUCGAGCACCGCUUCGUCACGAUAUCCUCUCCUCUUGCCACACAGAUGCCACAAGCUGUUGGCACUGCCUAUGCCUUCAAGCGAGCUCAGAAUGGCUUGUGUGUCAUCUGCUACUUUGGAGAAGGAACAUCUAGUGAAGGAGAUGCUCAUGCUGCUUUCAACUUCUCUGCAACACUUGAGUGCCCCGUUAUCUUCUUUUGUCGCAACAAUGGCUAUGCCAUCUCCACCCCAACGAGUGAGCAGUACCGAGGGGAUGGUGUGGCCGCACGUGGCCCCGCCUAUGGUAUUGCCACUAUUAGGGUUGACGGCAAUGAUGUAUUUGCUGUCUACAAUGCUACAAAAGCUGCACGGCACAUCACCGUCACUGAACACAGACCCGUAUUGAUAGAGGCCAUGACCUACAGGAUUGGCCACCACAGCACUUCAGAUGACAGUUCAGCUUAUCGUUCAGUUGAUGAGGUGAGGCUGUGGGACUCCACUCAGCACCCUAUCGCUCGUUUGCGUGCGUACAUGAUCAAUCAGGGCUACUGGGAUGAAGCCAAAGAGAAGGAGUGGAAGGAUGACUGUAAGAAGCAGGUGAUGCAGUCAUUUGCAAGAGCAGAGCGAAGACAAAAGCCCAGCUGGAAGCUAAUGUUCACAGAUGUGUAUGACAACAUGCCGGAGCACCUCAAAGAGCAGUACCAGUACAUGAAGGCACAUGUGGCAGAAUAUGAGGACCACUACCCAGUCAAAAACUUUGCAAAGGAGCAGUGAAGAGAGACACAUGGAGUUAGAAGGACCAGUGAAAUAUGAAGAGGGGUGACUGUGUGGAUGCUGGUGCUGCAAACCCUCAUCACAAGUCCGUUAAAACAACACUUGCACUGUGUGGCAUAGGUAGGCUGAUCCAUGGUUGUGUGUAGAUUUUUUGUAUAAUGUUUGUUAUAGAAUUGUGAUUAAACUGUAUGAUGUAUAAAGAUUGGAUGUAGAUAUAUCAUGGAAACGUGCUUCAUACAAGUCAGUGAUACUAUACAUAGGUAGGUUAUUCUUGUGUGUUAUAUGUGUAUAUAUUAUUUAUGUAGAAGUGGGCAAAGGUAAAUAAUUUAAAAAUAUCUUUUGAAACUUGAUAAUUCAUAAGCUAAGACAUACAGUCUGCAAGUCAGUGAUUAAUCAGUUAACUUUUGAAUUGUUUGAUUACAAUUAAAUGUCAAAUGAAGACAUCAGAAUAUAACACGUGACAUACCAAAGCAGCGACUGCACCCACUAAGUACUACUCAAACUGUUGGCUUUUAUAAAGAAUAUAGCCAAGUUUUGAUGCCCAAGCUACAGUAUUAAAGUGUCAGGGAAAAAAUGCAGUAUACUAAUAUAUAUAGUCCAUAAACAUUUGCUUAAUCUAUUAGGAGACAUACUAUCAAACUUAACUAAAUUGAAUAAAAGUCACCUUAAAGAGCUUGUUCAAGAAAUCUGGUACAAGAUGUUGCUCUGCACCUGGUGUUUCUAUAGUCUUCAUUUACUGCUCCCUUGCUUGGAUGCCAACACCUAACUUGUGGUAAAAUCCAAAACUUUAUGAAACAUACAACCAUGUGCCAUAAUAUUGUGAGGUAAAGCCACAUUGAUGAAAUCCUUCUAAAACGCUACUUUUUAGACCUAAGAAACAUUGAACACUCUUCGUCUGACACCAGGUUGUCAUCUUUGUAUUUACUUUUUUGUCGUUUGUAUGUAGUUUGUAAUUAUAUUAUAUUUUAUGAUAUUCAGAACUUAAAUCUUUUUAUCAUAACAGCCACUUUACGGUCACCAGAAUCUGCUAAUAUAUAAGACUAGUCAUUUAAUCAGCUGGUCCCACUUCAAUCACUUCUCGGUUAUAUUUCUUUCAGGCAAAUGGCAUGAAAAUGUUCCAUUUCCCUUACAGAAAUACCCAUGGUUAGGGUAAUUUUCAUGAACACACUGCCUUGCAUUCCUCGAUGUAUAUAGCAACAUAAACUCUGGUGUGAUUUGAGAGUGAGUGGACACAUCAAAAAUAUAUUAAUUUCAAAUAUCUAAGAGCAACGGUCUUGCUUUGUGUACUGCAAACUUUUUGUACUGAAGGGACCCAUUUUUCAAGUACACGGGUGAUCGGGUAACUAAGUGGGCUUGGCCCUUGCCGCAUGAUUAAAAGAUUGCAAGUUUAGUCCCAGCUCAUAGCAGCUUCUUGAUGAAAGACAAAGCGCUCUCUUGUAACUCUUGGAUAAAGGUGAGUGCAUACGCCGUAGCGUAUGGCUGCAGUGCUCAUCUCUGAUCUGCUGGCCCUUCGAGCCUGUGGUGGGUAAGAACUAGUUACCCCGGGACAUGGAACAAUGUGAAAUCCGGAAUUGCUACAAUUUACCCUCCCCAAGUUUCCCCAAGUACCCAUUUAUUGACCAGCCCGGGAGGGAGGAUAAACAGCUGGGUUAGCUGCAUGCCGACUGUCCGGGACGGGAUUCAAACCCAGACACAUGGAAUGGUAGCCAGGCACGCUGGCCACUAGAUCACAGAGGAUUAUUGCAGAGUUAUAAUUUUAUGGUUUUAGCUACCUGCCUCGCGGUGGAUUCUUUAAUCACCUCAUUUUCUAGUGCACAGGCUGCAAAAUAGGAGUGAACCUUACGUUACAUCUAUACAGUUUUGACCAAUUACCAUUAUCAUACUAUUUUCUUUUUCUUUUUUUUUAAGUUGCCAGUCGGUUCAUGGCAGACCAUGUAAUACUGUAGCAUGUGACAGUACGGUGGUCGCCAGGAAGCUAUUAGCCAAAUUCCAUCAGUUUUAUAAAUGAUGAUCUGGUGCCAUAUAUAAUUGUCAGCAGUAGUAACUAUUAGUAAAAGUAGUACCAAUUGUAGUAUAGAAAAUAUAGCAGUACUAAAGUAGUGGUAGUAAUAGUAGUAGUAAUUUUGAAUUUUCAAUUUAAUUAUGAUUGAAUUGUAGGAGUUACUAGUAAAACUUAAUUAGUUUGAUUGAUUGAAAAAAUGAAAAAGGAAAUAUUCAGUAGCAAAAAAAAUAUGAGAAACAAAAUAAAAUAUUUAAGUUAAGAAUCUAAUCCAUAAUAUGUCAAGAUAGUGAAAUUCAAAGAUACAGCAAACCCUCAUUUCAAUGAGCCAAUUGGAGGCGAAGGAGGUGACAUUCAAGGGUUCCAAAUUCUUCUCAUGUAACAAAACUUUUUGUUAUAUGAGGUGAAAUGUACGCUGUCUGAUCAUUUCUGAUUAUAUUUGAUGUAUUAGGUGAAAGGUGAGGCAUGUAAGGACAAGAUCAGAAGCGAUUACAGUCAGGCAGACACUGGACACGCACUACCUGGUCGACUUUGUUUAAACCGCUGCCAAUCAACAUGCGUGUACGUGUUCAGCCUUCUUACCACCAAACCGAACCCCACACUUACCAAAUUCGUUCAGCAAAUUCCCACACAUACCGCACUGGCCCAAAAAAGUUUGUUAAAGCCUAAAUUCGUUAUAUCAAGGUCUGUAAUAGCUUGGGUUUACUGUACUUCUUUUAUAUUAUAGAUUUAUAUCAAAGACAAGACAAAUGCUUCAUGAUUUUCACAGUUGGAAUCAGCUGUUUAUAUAUUUUGUCUCAGCAAAUUAGUAAUCUCUGAGUAACCCAUAAAUAAAUAAACUGAUGUGAGUUGUUGUACAUCUUUUGUUAAAGUCUCACUUCAGUAAAUGUUGAGGCAUCGGUGGUAUCAAUAAGUAUCAAAAAGCAAUCUCUCUGUAGUACAUUUGCUACAAUUAAGCACAUGUAUUAGUACAAACAAUUUUGCAAAUAUUAUUUCCACCUGAAUAUUGGACUUUUUAUGUCUUAGCAGAAUUAUUAUAAAUUAUUUAUUACCUUUCAACAAUAAGGGCUGUGAAACUGUGCAAUAAAUUAGAAUCUAAAUAAACAGCAUUUUUAUUGUAAACAUUAGUUUUACAUAAGUGACAGCUGCAUAAAGGAGUGCCAUAUGAUCACAGGUGUUGCAGCAGCAUGAUUCCUUGCCGAAUCAAUCAGGCAACUUGCAUUAAGGAACAUUCAGCUGUUAUCAGUUCUUCAAAUUGGGGAGGUUCCUUCUUUUAUUUAUUAAUAAAAUGGCUCAACCAAAU